GGAUUAUUUCGUCUUCUUGAUUUUUCUCUUCAGAGAGAAGAGUGAAUCGAAUUUCUCGCGUUGAGGAAGAUUCGAUUACUCUUACGAUCUUCAGAGAGAGAGUGAAUCGAUUCGUGAUCCAGAUCGAGAUACGCGAUGGGAGUGACGGAGGAAACUCCCGAUCAGAUCCAGCAAUCGGAUAAGGGCGUUGACGAAUUACAGCGAGAGGUGUCGAUUCUGUGUACGGGAUGUAAAGAAAGUGAAGCUGAUGAUCUUGGCGAAAUUACUAGAGAUGAAGAGACUGAAGCCAAUACUGAUAAAUCAAAGUCAGUCAUUGUUCCACUAGAUGAAGAGACUGAAGCCAAUACUGAUAAAUCAAAGUCAGCCAUUGUUCCACUAGAUGAAGACACUGAAGCUAAUACUGAUAAAUCAAAGUCAUCCAUUGUUCCACAAGGUAAGACUCUGUCAGAUCUACCAGACGACCUCCUUAUAGAGAUUCUCGUGCGACGAGCGGACUAUCGGCGUUUCACUACUGCUCUGGCCGAUGAAGUGCUCGUGGAGCUUCUCACGGAUGCUGACCUAGUCAGCGUAGCAGAUGAUUUCCCAGAGCUUAAGCGUUUGGAACUUUUGGAAUGUAACCGGGACUCACCUACUUGGCACGGACUUGCUCACACAAUCGCUGUGGUGAGAGCCUCCUCCGGGAGUCUCCGGCACCUCGACAUAGCCUUUUGUGAGGUGACUGCCGCAGCACUCGAGACUGUUCGCACUCUUCGCACAGGGAUGACGGUGACUUCGCAGGGUUGUCCGUUGUCUGCCGCUCUAGUUGCU